AUGGCCGGGCGCGGGGGCCGGGGGCUGCGGGCCGCGGCGCUGCUGGCCUGCGGCUGGCUGCUGCUGGGCGCGGGCGCGCGGGGCCCGGGGGCGGCGGGCGCGCGGCGGCGGCGGCUGCGGCCCGGGGACGGCGUGGCCCUCGAGUACCACCGCUACCCCGAGCUGCGCGAGGCGCUGGUGGCCGUGUGGCUGCAGUGCGCGGCCGUGGCCAGGAUCUACUCGCUGGGCCGCAGCUCCGAGGGCCGCGAGCUCCUGGUCCUCGAGCUGUCCGACAACCCCGGCGUCCACGAGCCCGGUGAGCCCGAGUUCAAAUACAUCGGGAACAUGCAUGGCAACGAGGCUGUCGGCCGCGAGCUGCUCAUUUUCUUGGCACAGUACCUGUGCAACGAAUACCAGAAGGGCAACGAGACCAUCAUCAAGCUGAUCCACGACACUCGGAUCCACAUCAUGCCCUCCCUGAACCCCGACGGCUUUGAGAAGGCGGCAUCCCAGCCGGGUGAGCUCAAAGACUGGUUUGUGGGCCGAAGCAAUGCCCAGGGAAUAGAUCUGAACCGCAACUUUCCUGACCUGGAUCGGAUCGUUUAUGUUAAUGAGAAAGAAGGUGGUCCUAAUAAUCAUCUGUUGAAAAAUAUGAAGAAAAUUGUGGAUGAAAACACAAAGCUUGCUCCUGAGACCAAGGCUGUCAUUCAUUGGAUCAUGGACAUCCCUUUUGUGCUCUCUGCUAAUCUGCACGGAGGCGACCUUGUGGCCAAUUACCCUUAUGAUGAGACUCGGAGUGGGAGUGCCCAUGAAUAUAGCUCCUGCCCCGAUGAUGCCAUCUUCCAGAGCUUGGCCCGCGCUUACUCCUCAUUCAACCCUCCCAUGUCGGACCCCAACCGGUCACCCUGUCGCAACAACGAUGACGAUAGCAGCUUUGUAGAUGGAACAACCAAUGGCGCGGCCUGGUACAGUGUGCCUGGGGGAAUGCAAGACUUCAAUUACCUCAGCAGCAACUGUUUUGAGAUUACCGUGGAGCUCAGCUGUGAGAAGUUUCCACCUGAAGAGACUCUGAAGAGCUACUGGGAGGAUAACAAAGACUCCCUUAUUAGCUACCUUCAACAGAUUCAUCGAGGAGUUAAAGGAUUCGUCAGAGAUCUUCGAGGUAACCCGAUCGCCAAUGCCAGCAUCUCUGUGGAAGGAAUCGAGCAUGACAUUACCUCUGCAAAAGAUGGUGAUUAUUGGAGAUUGUUGGUACCCGGGAACUAUAAACUUACAGCCUCAGCCCCAGGCUACCUGGCAAUAACAAAGAAGGUGGCGGUUCCUUACAGCCCUGCUGUUAAGGUUGAUUUUGAGUUGGAGUCAUUUUCUGAAAGGAAAGAAGAAGAAAAAGAAGAAUUGAUGGAAUGGUGGAAAAUGAUGUCAGAAACUUUAAAUUUUUAAAAAGGCUUCUAACUAGCUGCUUGUAAUCUAAAGUAGUAUUAUGUAAUGUGGCCAUUUUCUUUUAGAAUUUGUGCAGUUAAUAUUUAACAUUUAUUUUUUCCAUUAAAAUAUUAAUAGAUCUUAAAUAGACUCUUAGGUAAAAUGUAAGAAACUGUUAUAUUUCUUCUCUUAUAGUACUUCAUUUUCCGACAUAUAUU